GUGUGUGAGAGAGAGAGGAGAGAGAGAGAGGCUGGUUACAGCAUGCGUUCUCAAGGAGAGAAAGGAGGACAGCAAUUACUAUAUCCAACACCCCUACAGCGACAGCAAUAAAGCGGCUUUCUCCUGGCAGUGUGUUAGCUAGCCAGCUGCUCCCCUCUCUUUUACUCUCUCUUUCUACCUCUCUCUCAUCUCUCUUUCUAUCCCUCUCUCCCUCUCUCUCUUUGUCUGUCUCAUCUGUUAUAUGAUUGAUCCGGUGAAGGAUGCUGAAGUUCCGCGCGGACCGGAGGGUGAGCCAAAAUGACCCGAGCGGACCAGCUGGACAUCCAGUGAUCCAGAUCCAGCUGAAAGAGACCGGACCGAUUCACACCUACAUAACGUGCUGUGAUUUGGAGAUGAAUGGGAAUGUAGGAGGUGGAGGACCUGUGAGUUCACCCAGCGACAUUAACUGCAACUCCAACAGCACCACCAUGGUAUCAGACCUAUCCUCCCCAGAGUCUCAGACCCAGUCCCAGCCCUUCACACCACGGGCAUCUCGUACUCCAAAGAAAGCUGCUAUGUUUGGGAAGCGUUCUAACUCCAUGAGGAGGAACCCUAAAGCUGUAGUAGCUAAGCAGGGCUGGCUAUACAAACAGGCCAGCAGUGGAGUGAAACAGUGGAACAAGAGAUGGUUUGUCCUGACUGACCGAUGCCUGUUCUACUACAAAGACGAGAAGGAGGAAGGAGUGUUGGGAAGUCUUCCUCUGCUCAGCUUUCGGAUCGGAGAAGUGCAGGUGUUGGAUAACAUCAGCCGCAAGCACGCCUUUAAGGUUUGGUACGAGGAAGAGGAGGAAGGUGAGAUUAAGGGCACCGUUGUGUUUUGCCUGCAGGCUGAACACGCAGGAACACGCACGUACUACUUCAGCGCUGAGACUGCCGAGGAACAGGAGGAGUGGAUCGACGCUAUGAACGAGGCUGCACAUGUCCAGAUACAGCCUGCACAGAGGACCACCAACUCCGAGGCCACCACACCCACAGCGGAACUCCAUGGUAACACCUUGGUAACCAAAGGACCUGAACGACACACCCAGACACACACACACAUUGAGGACAACGGCCAGACGACUGACCUCCUAGACCCAGAGCGCGGAUCACGAGAACCCGCACAUCACAAAGUCAACGGGGUCGACGCCAUGGAAACGCCCCCUCCCUCCACCAGCCACUCAGAAAAGGAGGGGAGGAUGGGGGGAGAGAGAGGGGAGAGGGGGGAGAGAGGAGUGCUUGGACCUGGGGGUGCACCCCAUCACCAGCCCAAUGGGUGGGGCCACUACGGCCCCCCAAACCAUGGAAACGGACCACCCCAGGGUAACGGGAGGCCACCCCAGGCACCUCCAGUGGGAGGGAUGAGAGAGGGGAGGGAGGUGAGGGAGCAGCCUGAGAACGUGGUGCUGAGACGGGGUUUCGUGCCACGGACAAACCCUGAGAGACAGGCCCAGAGGAAGAGCUCCAUGACUCAGCUACAGCAGUGGGUCAACCAGCGCAGAGUCAUAGCUGUACAGGAGGACUUGAACAGUCCAUCUCAUUACUACACAGUGAACCGUGGCGUACCAGCUGACUACUACAGCGUCUACAGUAGCGUGGGGGGCGGUCCGGGCUACGUGGAGGAGUACCCCCUCUACCCUCCAGGUGUACGCCCUGACAGCAUCUGCUCCGUGUCAGCCGUGGGCUACGACCGUAUGGGCCCCCCUCGCUGGACCAAUGAUGAGAAGAGACGCUCACUGCGGGACGGGCCCCUCUACGGACCCCCGCCCCCCCGAGACCCAUACGGCCCCCCACCCAGCCCUGCCUAUUACGGCCAGAUGGAUGCAGCCCAGACCGCCAUGAGGCGUCUGUCCAUCCAACCUAGGUCUAGGUCCGUUCCCAGGUCCCCCUCCUCGUCCACGGGUGGUCCCUACUCUCCCAGCCCCCAUAGCUUUGCCUCGCCUAUCUGCUCACCCUCGGCCCGGUUUGACAGAGGACCAGGCAGGCUACGGGAGGAUGUGAUCUACGCUGACCCCUCUGUGUAUGGACUGAGGAGAUCACUGAGCUCUCCCAAGUAUGAUUACCCUGGAGACAGGAGGUCGCUAAGCCAAGGAAUGUACCACUACAACUACCCUGCCUCCCCCUCUCUACACAGCAAAAUGGAGGACAUUUUAGACCUGCAGCUCCAGAGGAACCUGGAGUACCUCGAUCAACAGGUGACCGGGAGAGAUCACGUUAUCGGCAUGGUAACCAGAAUGGUGGAGCGAUCCUCCCCUAGAGCAAAGCUCUUCGCACAAGUGCCUCCGUUCCAUGACCCAUACAGGGAGCUUCACCCCACACUGAAACUCAAUGAGAUUGAGACCAGCAAACUCUUGGGUCGUCUGUGUGAGCAAAAUAGGAUUCUAAAGGACCAGGAGGCAGUUGUUCACAGGCUGAGAAUGGAUAAGGACAGCCUAGAGGGAGCGCUGGUGGCCACACAUCAGGAGAUGGAGCUGUACCGGGGUCAGCCGCUGGUUGCAGACAAACUACAGCUGAAGAAGGAGACACUGCAGAACCAGCUCAUCAACAUCAGAGGAGAACUCUCCCAGGCAUCCAGCGCUCUGACCACCACCCGGAUGGAGUUUGAAGCUCUGGAGGACGAGGUCAACGCUAUCCAUGGGGACCUGUGGGAGCAGCUCAACGCAGGCGGGCAGAGUGAGAUGGUCCAUAGACACAUUCAGAAGGAGUUCUGGAGAGUUCAGGAAGUGUGGGAGGGACUCCACAAGAGCAACCUUUCCAGAGGCACAGACACAGCCAAACACAGGGUGGCCAGUGGGGCAUCAGGUUCCUUUAGCACCAAUAGUCCUGCCAGUCCCCUGAGCUCAGUAAGCCUCACCAGUCCACUCAGCCCCUUCUCCCCAGUGCCCGGCUCCCAGGCUUCCCCCACCAAACAGCUGGGUCCGGAGGACAUUGGCCCGCCACGGCCACCACUUCCCAAAUCCUACUGCCCCCUGGAAUCGCCCCCCUCCAUCCCCCCUCUGCCGUUCAACAGCUCCGCCUGGCCACGCAGCCUGGGCCUGGAGGACGGUUACCUUGACGAUGAAGAGUCCCACGGCAGAAAGCAAAAGUAUGGUUACCGACAGGAUGUGUCGCCGGGAGAACGGACCAAUAGCAACGAAGCUCAGGAGCUGGAUCAGGAUCGACAGGCCAACAUGAAUAAAGUGGGGAUUGUUCCUCCCAGAACUAAGUCUCCCAUGGAUGACCAGGGCCACUCCUACGACCAUGGAAUCACCCGACGCAACGGCAAGGUGCCCAAUGGAAUCUCCAGGGAGCGCCCGAAGAGUGCAGUGUUCCCUGCUGAGGUGAAGUCCAAGAUGAGCAUUGAGGAGCAGAACGAGCGUAUCCGUAGGAACCAGAGCAGCUCUGUCAGGGACAAGAGACGCAGCCUGAACCUGGGUAGCCAGGCAGGCACCAACUACAGAGUGGUGAAGCGGAGGCUAACAGCCCAUGAGGUGGACAUCAAGGACCUGGAGGCUGCAGUACGGGGCGGAGGGGUGCAGGAAUCACCCCGGGAGGAGAUUGCUCGCCUCAGACGGUUACAGAUGGAACCUGACCACUACGACCUGGACAUCGGCAAAGAGCUUUGUGCUCCAGACAAGGUUCUGAUCCCGGAGCGCUACCUGGAUGUGGAGCCCAACACUCCUCUCAGCCCAGAGGAGCAGAAGGAGAAACAGAAGAAAGUAGAGAGGAUCAAGACUCUCAUUGCCAAAUCAAAUCUCCAGAAUGUGGUUCCCCUAUUGGACGGUCCUACUGAGGGGGGCGGUCCUCAUCACCAGGGCAACCCAGAGCAGAAGAUCCAGGAGCAGGAGAAGAGGAUCGAGAUCUCCUGUGCUCUGGCCGCCGAGGCCUCGCGACGCUCCCGCCUGCUCUCCGCCCAGUGCGCCCCCAGCCCCCCCGCCUCCCCGACCAACCUGGCCCCUCCCCCGUCCUCCACCGACUUCUCCGACUCCGUUCACAUCAUGAAGGUGUGAGUCUGUGAAGCUCAAGCUCUGGCUGCCGUCAAGUUUGACGGAGCGUCCUUCUGAGGAUCCACUGGAAUAUAAAGAAAAUGCCCAAAGAAACUGGUUAUAUUUAGAAACUGGUUAAUCUCCCAGACCACCUGCCCGCCGGUGUAUAAACCCAAUGACCUCCAUAACAACACAACAGGAAACAUGAAGCUGUCACAGGAAGUUUGGGAAGUUGGCCAGCUGAGGACUUUUUCAAAGCAAACAGACUAUGAUGGAGGCCCACACCUCCCACCACAAGGGGGUCUAUAACGGCACCCUCCACUCUCCCUCUAUCAUUCACCACACUUACACAAUUCUUCUUAGUCUAGGCUUGGCAGAAAAUAGCUUCUCUAUAAGGGCAGGUAACACAAACAAAACAAAUGCAAAUAAAACACAAUGCUGUAAUUUUUCACUAUUUUGGGGAUGAUGCGUUUAACACAGCAUUUGAUACUACUAAGCUAGCCAGAAACCAGGGGGUGUAUAUAGCACUCAAACAUGCUCUCCUCCAUGCUACACUGACAGUGAGACUGUUUCGACAGUUUUUCUCCGUUACUCAGCUCAGGAAAGGUGUAUGCUAUAGAGAGAUUAGAAGGACCACAGAGACUAGAAGCCCAGGACAGUAGAGUUCUGUGACUGAACGGUUCAGGAGGGAACUUAUCGUAUGUGAUGCACGGAUCUCUGUAAAAUGAAGAGGGAUUAGGACUGCCGGAGCUGGACUUCAGGAAGAGGGACUGGGGAGUGAGAGCUUCUUAUUGGUGCAGAGAGCAGUAGAACCAAUCAGAGGCUGAUUUUACAGUGUAACAGGAAAUGGUCACAGAGGAGGAGGUGGACAGAUGGUAGUUCAAGAGACAUAAAAAGAGAUAGGAGUGGGAACAGUAACAUAACACAGGGUUUCCCAAACACGAUCCUGGGGCCCCCCUGGGUGGACAUUUUGGUUUUUGCCCUAGCACUACACAGCUGAUUCAGGAUCGAGUUUGGGGAAACCCUGACACAGCAGGAAAUGCAGUUUUGUCUCUGAUUGGCCCCCAGGUCAUUGUUUCAAACUCAGUUAAACAGCUUUUGACCUUCGACUUCCUGGCAUCGUCUUCAGAGGCCAUUAGUGGGAGAGCUGUACUGUAUGAAAGCACCCCCCCAAUCCAGUGGUCGCAGGACAUUGGUGUACAGCAGUGCUUGCAUGAGUCUCCCUCGAUUCCUUCCAACACCUCUCAUACACCUAUUGAACACCUAACCCACUGUGACGCCUGCCUCCCAACCCUUUCUCCAGGCUAGGCUACACCCCCUCUGUCCCCUUUCCGUCCUACACCCAGGGCUGGUUGGGACCUAUAUGCGUAUGUGUGUGACUGUCUGCAGGAAAACCUAUCCUGCCUCACUCUGAAACCACUGUUAGUUCUCUGGUAACUGUGUGUCUUGAUGUGAGUACAGCCCACACACCAUUGGCAUUAAAGCCAUUGGGCUCCUCUUAGUUCUCUCACUGCUAUAAGACCUUACUUCAGUGGUACAGUAUGUCAACAGAUGUGUAGAUAAAAUCUCUCUAUAUCUACAUUUUUAUAUAUAUAUAUAUAUAUAUAUAUAUAUAUAUAUAUAUACAGUACAGUAUAUAGUAUGUGGAAAGACGUCAGUAAAAAAAAAAAGAAGUGACCUUAGAAUAAGUCUGCUAGUUGAAACACUUGUUUGUGUUAAGAUGGGCCAGCAACUUGCAUCACAGCCAACUUACAGUGUGUGCAUAUCAGAAAGCUAAAUGCAUCCUACAUGUAUCAUAUCCCUAAUAUUAUACAGUGCUAUGUUGAAGACUGAACCUUUUUAGCAUAUAGAGACGGUUUAUUCUGAUCAAUACGUUUUUACCUCUCAAAAUACAUCUAAUUAUUUUUCUAUGAACCAUCACUUCUAACGUGAUCAACCACUUUGGCUGAGACAGAUAGACGCAUAAAUAUAUAGACAUAUUGCUGUCCUGGUCAGGGUUGGAGGAAGUCAUAUAUUAUACACAUAUAUGACAAGUCACUCCACAUUCUAAGUGGAGGAUGUAUCAUGGUGCAGUUAUGGGCAACAUACUCGUCCUCCUCCUGUCCUCUAAUAUAAGUUGCUGACCCAUCCUUUGCAUUUUGGCUGUCUCUUAGUAAGGAACAUUUGUUUGUCAGUCGAUCACUGUUAGUGUCUCCAGAUUUAACCUGUGGCCUCUGAAAGCGCAGCCCUUUUUAUUUCUGUCUUCAUUCCUCCCUCACAAUCCACCCAUCUCUCCCUCUCUGUCUUUUUCCCCCCAUCCAUUCGUUUCUCCCCCUUUUGUCAUAUUCGCUCAGAGGCAAUGUUGUGUCUGUACAAGAAGAUAUCUUUCUUCAGACUCAAGCCACCAUGUUUGAAGGCAAGUGAAACAUUUGUGUACACAGCAGAUUAUUAAAAAAAAAAGUCUGAAGAAAAUAGUUAUAUUUUUUUCUUGUUUGAGAAAGGGACAACUAAGGUCAAAAGAUGCAGUACAUAUUUUUUUAGACUCAUGGGUAUUUGAUGACUAAAAUAAGGUUUCAGCCGACAGGUUACAUUUUUAGCAUGUAAUCAGGAAUGUUUUGCGUUUUUCACAAUAUUGGGGGAAAAUGAUUAUUGCUAAAAUAUUUUUUUAAGUUGCUUUUAAGAUUUGUCUUGAAGGCCCUGGUUUAAAGAUGAUUUUGAAAAUAUUGGUAUUUUUGGAACAAUUGGCCUCAUGUGUUGAGAAACACAAAACAGCCAAAUACGGGGUGUCCAAUAUUUGAUAAAAAAUGUAGCAUUUAUGGCUAAUAAUGAUGUGGAAAGAUUUAGCACAUUGGUCUAUGUACAUAUUUCCCAUUUCAAGUACGUAUAUCUUAAUAAUAACAUCAACUGUUGCUAUUUUGGCGAAAAUACACAAAAUGCUUGAACUAUGCAAAUAAAAAAGUGAAAAAUCAUAUGCUUGCUUUAGGAAAACCUUCUUGCAAUAAAGUGAAUGUAUACAAAUAUA